AUGACCCCGAGUGGUAUAGCUCCCGAUAAUUCUACGGAAUCGCAAGUCCUUGAUCAGGAUUCAAUCCGUCUAGCGGAAAAAGUCGAUGCAAUCCGUCAGGCGUGCAAUUUACAAGAUUUAGACGCCUUAGCCUCCUAUGCCACGUCGAAGGGUGGUUUUCUUCAAGAUGAGCUCAGACGAUUGGCCUGGCCUAUUCUGCUUCAAUGCGAUGACAAUGUGACGGAGUCCAACCUAUUGUCAAGCGAUGAAUUACCCCCACAUGUCGAUGAAGAGCAAGUACAACUAGAUGUAAACCGGUCAUUUGUAUACUACCCUAAGUGUAAGUGCUCCGAGGACGAAUUGUCAUCAAAGAAGAGCGAUUUAUCUGCAGUAAUCAAACAGGUGCUUCGCAAUUAUCCUAUGCUAUGCUAUUUUCAAGGCUACCAUGAUAUUGCACAGGUGUUGCUGCUAGUACUUGGCCACAAGGAAUCCGCCCUGGCAGUCUCCCGAGUAUCCCUCUUUCGCAUUAGAGAUUAUAUGCUACCAUCUCUUUCUCCAGCAGUGAAACAUCUGCAAUUAAUCCCAGCAAUCAUUGAAGCAGUCGACCAGCCUCUUUACCACCAUCUUGCAGGCAUUCGGCCAUUUUUUGCACUCGCAGCAACUCUCACAUUAUACGCCCAUGAUAUCCAAGAAUAUAGCGAUAUCGCACGACUCUUUGAUUUUUUGCUGGCCUGGGAGCCGGUUGUUUCCAUCUAUCUCUUUGCAGCCAUUAUCUUGUCACGCAAAAAAGAGCUACUGGAGAUCCCGCUGGAUGAGCCAGAAAUGCUGCACUUUACCCUUUCUAAAUUACCCUGUCCUCUCGACCUGGAUGGCCUCAUCUCUAGUGCCGUGCAGCUUUUCGGCAACCACCCGCCUGAGUCCUUACCUUCCAAAAUUUGGUGGAAGAUCCCUCAGUGCAGCGUGCUCAAAACUUCCCGGAAUAUCUUUGAUGCACAGUCAGCAGACACAGCUAUAAAGCUUUUCCAACAGCAAGCCAGACAGCUUCGUAACGAGGAACGGAGAAAGAAAGUCCUCCGGUUUUUGUGGAGCCAUAGAAGAACGAUCGGCUCCGUGGCUGUUGCGGUGUUCAUUGGUGGUAUGUCUAUCUGGAUUAGAAAGAAGGGCCUUGACAGCAGCAUCCUGUCAUAUAUGGAUAGACUUAAAUCGGCAUUUAAGGGGUACUUGUGA